AUGGACCUUGUCACAAUCCUUUUAUCUGUCAUGGUCAUCCUCUUUUUGGCCAAUAUUUACCGCAAGCAAAAGAGACAAGAAUACAAGAAUUUACCUCCUGGGCCUAGACCUUUACCCCUCAUUGGAAAUCUGCACUUGAUUGAUAAAAAACAACCUGACAAAACAGUUUUUGAGCUGGCUAAGAAGUAUGGCCCAGUAUUGACUUUUCAUUUCGGAAUGAAACAAGUCAUCUUCUUGUGUGGCUAUGACACUGUUAAAGAUGCUCUCCUCAACCAUGGUGAAGAAUUUUCUAACAGACCACAGUUGCCAAUAACAGCUAAAACAACAAAAGACAAUGGUGUCUUUUUUUCUAAUGGGGAGAGCUGGAAGGCAAUGAGAAGAUUCACCAUUUCAACACUCCGAGAUUACGGAAUGGGGAGAAAAGCGAUAGAAGACAAGAUCAGUGAAGAAGCUGAAUGUUUGGUGCAGGCGAUAAAAGCGCAUGGAGGAAAACCUUUUGAUAUUCAGACCAUCAUUAAUGCUGCAGUGGCCAAUAUAAUCAUCUCUAUACUGCUUGGUCACCGAUUCAGUUAUGAUGAUCCCACUAUACUGAGGCUGAUGGGUUUAAUUGAUGAAAGCAUGUACCUUGCGGGUACCCCCAUGGCCAUGCUGUACAAUGUCCUUCCAAAAUUGUUGGACCAUAUUCCAGGACCUCAUCAAACAUUUUUUGACAAUAUGAAACAGAUGGAAAACUUUAUAAGAGCAACAUUUACUGAACAGAAGAAACAUCUAGAUGUAAAUGACCAGAGGAAUCUUAUCGAUGCUUUCCUGGUGAAGCAGCAAGAGGGGAAAACAGAAUCCUCUCAGUAUUUUCACAAUGAAAACUUAACCUUUUUGGUGAAUGAUCUUUUUAUGGCCGGAAUGGACACAACUACCACCACACUCAGAUGGGCAAUACUGCUAAUGAUGAAAUAUCCAGAAAUACAAAAGAAAGUUCGAGGUGAAAUUGAUAGCAUUAUCGGCACGGCCCAACCUCAAGCAGAGCACAGGAAGCAAAUGCCGUACACUGAUGCCGUGAUUCAUGAAAGCCAGCGGUUUGCUGAUAUCGCACCAUUUGGGACCCCGCAUGAAGCAACUCAAGAUGUCACAUUUAGAGGAUAUUUCAUUCCAAAGGGCACCAUUGUCGUCACAUGUCUCUGCUCCGCACUGAAAGAUGAAGCCUAUUUCCAAAAACCCUUUGAGUUUUAUCCGGAGCACUUUCUGGAUGAAGAAGGAAAUUUCAAACAGAAUGAUGCCUUCAUCCCAUUCUCUAUCGGCAAAAGAAGUUGCGCUGGUAAAACGUUGGCCAAAAUUGAACUUUUCCUCUUCUUCACAUCAAUAUUCCAGAACUUCACCUUCCAGGCUCCCCCAGGGGCUGAGAUAGACCUUGAACCAGCAGUCGCAGCAAUACGUAGACCGAAAUCUUACCAGCUUUGUGCAAUACCUCGCACCUAAUAUGCAUAUUUAAUCACAGUAGUAUAAUCUAAGCUAUGUCCGCUUACA